AUGAACCGACCUGCGAGACCGACGGAAAGUUCUUACAACCGCUUGCGGGAUAUAGAAGGAAUAUUUUGGACUGUCCUGGCAUUUCUGCCUCUCGUUUACAGUCAGUCCCGAUGGAACUCAAUCUAUUCCUUCGUUACUCUUUCGGGUGUCGUCGCGGAACUCGUUCGGCCUCACACCGCCGACAAAGGCGAAGCGGUAGCGACCCGAUCAAUGUGGCGAUUACCCGGGAACGGUUACACCAAUAGUGUUUCCGGAAGAUCCAUGGCGUAUGUGCUUCUUCCAUUGCUGCUACAAACUAUGGACGGCUUUUCUGCCGAUCGUGAAACGGAUUGCGGACGGUUUGGGAUGCUCAUCAUCGUAGGAAAUUUUGUCGGGUUAGCGCCGAGUGUCUCCAAUCUCGGCAUUGCCGCAGCUCUAAUGGUGGCCUCAGAUCUACCGGUAGGUUCGAGUAUUGGAUUUUUGGUCACUUGGUUGGUUCUGGCAUUGACAAUCUCGUACGUUCCGUCACUUCACGGAGUAUUGACGCAGGGUGAAUGGACACUGAUUACCGCCCUCACAACAAUUGCGAUAGCGGUGUUUGGUACUUGGGAAACAUCCGACAUUCACGAAGAAAAUAUGCACCAUUAUGUGGCCUUGUCGGGUGUUUUGGCCUGUGGAUGUGGAUGUGUGACGGUAGCGCGAUGGCCUUACUGUAAGCGACCCGUCGUGAUCCAACUCGCCGCACUCGCCUCGAUCCCAUUGAUCGGUAUCGAGCUCGCCAUCUCGAAUGUUUCCAACUUGGAGGUCCGGAAAUUUCCCAAAUUGAUCUAUUGGUUGUUGGCCUUUCUGCGUGAUACCGAAGCACCAACCACCGGCGUCAUCACAACCAAAACCGAUCCGUGGGGAUUGCUAACCGAAACACGACCCCGUUUUCAUUGGCUUCUCUACUGGGCUGUGGUUUUGGCCGUGACCCUUCCGCUAGCUCCCGUAUCGGACCGUAUCAGUCCGGUCAUUACGCGAAAAUGGUUCCACGUCGUGGCUAUUCUCCUUUUUGCCCCCGUCACCAUCGCGGCGCCCGAGCUACUUUCGUUGUCCUACGCGGUCGCACUCUGUGUAUUGAUGGUCUUGGAAUGCAUCCGACCAUCGGCACCGACAGUGUCCAGAUUUUAUCAACGCUACUUGGACAUUUCCAAGGAUCAGUCCCAUACACUGCUGAUAUCACACGCCGCCCUCAUUGUAGGAUGUGGCCUCCCUCUGUGGAUAUCCAACAGUCUCCCGGUGCCGACCCAGCCCGACGGCGACUUUGAGGCCUCUGCCUCGCGUCGGUCCGUACAAUAUUUGCUACCGUUGUGGGGCGUUUGGGUUUUGGGAGUCGGCGACGCGUUGGCCGCGGUGGUGGGUCGUACGUGGGGACGUACCCGAUGGAACGACGUCAUAGGGUCCCCCACCGCAACGCACGGUCGGACUCUGGAAGGGUCCUUGGCCAUGCUGGUGGGUCUCCUGGUCGUGAUGUUGAUCAGCGUCGGUUGCCUUUUACCGGAUCCGCUGGACUGGCGGACCGUGGCGGUUUGGUUGCCGGCCGUGAUUGGUACGACCCUGCUAGAAGCUUGCACGACGCAAAUCGACAAUCUGGUCUUACCCUUAGCUGGUGCAGCCCUCUUGUUGGCGUUUCAUUAA